GAAAUCGUCUUGCUGAUUGCAAUUGCAAGAAUCCGCAUUCAAGUGAUACAUCUAUUGAAAUCCAUUUACCGUCCUUGAAAAUGAUCUCUUUCAAAAAUCUAUUCCUGUUGGUUCCCGUCAUUCCUCAGCUUGUAGUUGCGACGUCAUGCGACUACGGAUCCUGGUACAUCGAAAUCAACCUUGCAGCAGGCGCUCAAGGCAACCGACGCGGAGAUCUCUAUGCUGCGCAUUCCAAGACUCCAGACGUGAUCAGCCACUCAGUAUGGAUCUAUGACCCCCAGACGCAGUUAACUACCUAUACCGCGGAAGAUGCGACCUUAAACAACACCCGUAUUUCGGUUCUUGGCCUGCAGGAUUUUGAGAUAGAGCAGACUGUCCUUGAGACCCCCUUGAAGGGAUCUGGGCUUAUCGACAUGUACUUCAGCCCGGCUGCAAACGGCCGCGGCGGCAAGGGCAACACGACGAUUAUUUCGGAGUUGAACGAUUGAAUCGGUGUAGCGGCACCGCAAUUUCAGAUCGGCCCCAUGGAACUUAGACCUUUUUCAUGUCGGCUCGCGC